UGCUGCCCCGGGCGCCGGCCCCCCUCAUCAGCUCGCUGUCCCCUACCCCGGGGUGCGUCCCUGGUAACUCCUACCACUUUAGCGUCCCCGCCGAGUCGAGCCGAGGGGGCUGCGAGCAGGAGGCAGCCGCAGGCCCCUGGCCGCAGGAUGGUGGCGGGGCUCUCUCGGGCCCGCAGUCCCGGGAGCUGGCUGGUCCCCGGGCUGUGGCUGCUGGUGCUCAGCGGUCCUGGGGGGCCGGUGAGCGCCCAGGAGCAGCCCUCCUGCAGAGGAGCCUUUGAUCUCUACUUCGUCCUGGACAAGUCUGGGAGUGUGGCAAAUAAUUGGAUUGAAAUUUACAAUUUUGUCCAGCAACUUACCGAGAGAUUUGUGAGCCCUCAAAUGAGAUUAUCUUUCAUUGUGUUUUCUACUCAAGCAACCAUUAUUUUGCCAUUAACUGGAGACAGAAGCAAAAUCAGUAAAGGCUUGGAGGAUUUAAAAGGUGUUAGUCCAGUAGGAGAGACAUACAUCCAUGAAGGACUAAAGCUAGCAAAUGAACAAAUUCAGAAAGCAGGAGGCUUAAAAACCUCCAGUAUCGUAAUUGCUCUGACAGAUGGUAAGUUGGACGGUCUGGUACCAUCAUAUGCAGAGAAAGAGGCAAAGAUAUCGAGGUCAUUUGGGGCUAGAGUUUAUUGUGUUGGUGUCCUUGACUUUGAACAAGCUCAACUGGAAAGAAUUGCUGAUUCCAAGGAUCAAGUUUUCCCUGUCAAAGGUGGAUUUCAAGCUCUUAAAGGAAUAAUUAAUUCUAUACUAGAUCGGUCAUGCACUGAAAUCCUGGAAUUGCGGCCUUCAAGUGUCUGUGUGGGGGAUGAAUUUCAGAUUGUUUUGUCUGGAAGAGGAUUCAACUUGGGCAGUCGGGAUGGGAGUGUCCUCUGUACCUACACUGUGAAUGAAACAUACACAAAGAGCGUUAAUCCAGUAAGUGUGGACGUUAAUUCUAUGCUUUGUCCUGCACCUGCCCUGAAUAAAGUUGGAGAAACUCUUGAUGUUUCAGUGAGCUUUAAUGGAGGAAAAUCUGUCAUCUCGAGCUCAUUAAUAGUCACAGCCACAGAAUGUUCUAGUGGGACUGCAGCCAUCAUUGCUAUUUUGGUGUUACUGCUACUACUGGGCAUUGGUUUGAUGUGGUGGUUUUGGCCCCUUUGCUGCAAAGUGGUUAUCAAGGAUCCUCCUCCACCACCACCUCCUGCACCAAAAGAGGAAGAAGAAGAACCUCUGCCUACGAAGAAAUGGCCAACUGUGGAUGCUUCCUAUUAUGGUGGUCGAGGGGUUGGAGGAAUUAAAAGAAUGGAGGUUCGUUGGGGUGAUAAGGGAUCUACUGAGGAAGGUGCGAGGCUAGAGAAAGCCAAAAAUGCUGUGGUGAAGAUUCCUGAAGAAGUUGAGGAACCCGUCAGGCCGAGACCACCUCGGCCCAAACCCACAUACCAGUCUCCUCAGACAAAGUGGUACACACCAAUUAAGGGUCGUCUUGAUGCGCUCUGGGCUCUGUUGCGGCGGCAGUACGACCGUGUUUCCUUGAUGCGGCCUCAGGAAGGCGAUGAGGUAGAGAUAACCAGAUGGUGUAUGAAGGAGCCUCUUUCAUUACCAGACCACUCUGGUUAAUAAUUCUGCCUCUUGAGGGUUUAGUUUAAUAAACAAAUCAGCGGACACAGAACUAAACCGGGAGUCAAGCACAUUUCCUCUGCAAGUCCCGUCACGCUGAAUUUCAAGCCAAAUGCUCUCCUUUUAUGGCUCAGAGGCCGCACCGGGCUCAUUUGCAGAAUAAUUCACCGCUCAAUCGAAGUCCUUGAUCGGGUAAUUGAAGUUCAGGCACAGAGUAUCAAAGCGGCGCGAGAAAUCCCCGGCUCGGUCCCGGCCCCGCUCCCCCGUGCGCGCCGCCAGCUCCUGUGGAGGGGGCGCGGUCCGCGCGCUGCGCACAGACCCGGCCCAGGCUUUGAUUGUGGCUGCAAGUCCUCCGAGUCAUGAAUGUUUCAGCGCGCGGCGCGCGAGGUGAGGGCCGCGCGUCCAGGUGUAAGCCAGCAGGUUGUCGCCGACAUCUGUUCGCAGCAGCGGCAGCCGCCUCCCCGGCCCGCCGCGAGCGGCCGGAUUGUCAGCGGAGGUAGUUGAGAGCGGCAGAACCAGUUUGGUCUCCCACUCGCUGCCUGGAGGCCUGAAACACCAAAGGUAGGGGUGCGAGUGGACACAGCUGCGCUCCCAAACUUGCCUUAGGCACAAAUAAAGAGAUCUAAUGCAGUCUGACUCCGUGGAGGUGGGGAGACUAGGACAGAAAGCCACUUCAGAGACAACUUAACGCUGCCACAUCUGCCGCCAAGUUUCCAGGGAGUGACGGGGGACAGCAGGUACAGAUUGAAGUCUCCACGUAAACAACCUCCAUUAAGCCAUGGACGCUUUUGAAGGGCCUCCAUCAAACAUGCUGGAGUCCGCAGCAGGAGUUUGUUUGGUUUUCAAAGCAGUGUUUUGUUUUUGCAAUAACAAGGUAAUUUAUAAAUCAUGCAUUACCAUGCGUGCUCCUUUUUUAUUUGAAAAGUGAGAGUUGGAGAAGCAGAAAAGGCAAAGAAAGAAGAAAGCGCAACACUAGUUUGGAGUCGUUCCACGAACCAAUUAAAUCUCCGAGGAGCUUCUUGGCUGUGUGAUCGAGGUUAUGUUAACCUUCAGGCCGCAAUCCCUCAUUCACCAGUAAACCCACGUAAAUUUAUACCCUGCAAGAGAGGAAUCCUAGUAAUGGUGACACCCGUGAAGCGCAUCCACUGUUUGUUUGGAAACUUGUAUCAUGGGGCUACUUACUUCAUGGAGAUGAAAGGAAAUUAUUUUCCAGAUGGAUGUAAAUUUUUAGUAAAACGAAACUGAGAAAAUUCCAUUAGCUUUAAUUUUCUAUUUAUAAAGGCAGUAUGCCUAGAGUUGGAUAUUAAACAUGAAAUUUUAAGUCGAAAAUCAGAAUUGCAUGUUCAGGGAAGCAUUUUUUCUUUUUGAGGCGUCUUCCCACUCUGUCACCUAGAUUCAGCUGGAAAGAAAUUCCAGAAUGUGUAUACUUUUCAGUGGGAAUAUUGCAAAAGCUCAUGAUUGGGCACACACUCAUAUGACAUAAUGAGAAUUGGUUUAAAUAUUAGUGUGACAAAUAAAGCUCCAGGGUAUGGUAAUAUAAUAGUCUGUGGUAAUAUAAACUGUUAUUAUUAUUAAAAUUUAGGCUCCCUCCCCCGAGGGAACACUUGCAAGGUUACUGGGAGGUGAAGGAAAGGUGCUAACUCAAAGGUAUCCUUUGGAGUGGGAGUAGCCAGGGAACAGCGGCCUGGGGACAGAUGCUAGAGUGUGGCCAAGUUUUCAUCAGUCAGCGGUGAAAUAAGCGACAGAAGUGCAUAGUGAGUUUCCAAUUAAGCUAAAUUUAUUAUGUUGAGAGGACUUUUAUUAAUUGUGCAGAUAUAAUUUUCAGGUUUUAAAAUGAUUGAUGGUAGCUGCUUUAAAAAAGGGGAAGUCCAUUUUGACAGAACCUAAUGUCCGUCCUCUGAUUUUUAAAAAAUCUACAGGAAAAAAAAAAAUCUGAGAACAUAGAUAGCACAGGUUUAUUUAAAAGACUCCAGAGAAACCUGAUGACCUCAAUGGCAAAUGAUUAAGGCUGCGACCUCUUGUUUAUGUCUGUAGUUCUAGCUUAUGCUCACUUCCCUGCCUGUCCUGCAGCUGAAUUCUCAUGUUCAAAACACACUGACCUCCCUGUCUUCCCAGGCAGCUUCUUCGAUGACCCUAACCCUCCCCAGGAUCACUGUGAGGUCCAGCGUGCUUACAAAUCACCCAGUACUUGGUGCUAUUAAACCACUUCAUCUUCAGACUGAAUUGCAUUUUGGUAGCAGAGAUCGAGUGCCACCCUGCCUUUAAGUUCCCCACCACAUUUGCAGAAUGUAAACCGCUUGUGGCGUUUCUGAACAGAUUAAAACCUUCACUCGAAUGAUUUGAUACUUGUUUUCAGUGCUUGGAAUUAUGCUGCUAAUGGCUGCAUUUUUACACUUAGUUUUUAGUUUCCUUCUUAAUAUUUUGUGUCCUACAGCUGGACUUGGCAAUGGAUUUUUUAGGAGCUGUAAGGAAACCCUUUAAUUUAGCCUGAGUCAUUGAGGCCUUGUGUACACAAAAUGCUCCUGGUACUUUCAGACCUUUUCCUUUUUUGAAUUCUUAAUUGAAAGAAUAGAGAAAAAUGUCAAGAUUUUUUUAAAACUCAAGCGAUCGCUUACCUUUUAUUUUUGUAAGGUCUGAAAUUUUAUAUGAUCGUUGGAACUAAUUAUGAUUGACCUGACUGGGAAAACUACCAUCAGAUUUUUCUACCCUUUGUGUUAUCACUAGUAAUCUUUCAUUCUGAUUAUCUCUUGUCUUUCUAUUUUGGGGCAUCCUUAAAAUACCUGAAAUAUCCUGUUUAAAUUAGUAGAAGUAAUAGCUUUGGUUUAUAUAAAUUUGAAAGAUAAAUUUUUACUAGAAUAACACAUGAACAUGCCAUUAUUACUACAAUCCCACUGAGUAUGUGUAUAUAUGUAUAUGUGUAUGUUUACUAUAAAUAUAUCUGUGUAUAUACCUGUAGAACAUUUUCUCAGUGUGUAUGUUAUCAACUAAUGCCUGUUUCAGUGGGAAAUAAUAAUUUCGUGAAAUAGAGUACUUCUUUUCAUACUAUUUCUUAGGUUAAUUAUGGAUGGCGAAAGUGUUGGCUCAGUUUGGUUCCCUAAAGUGAAAUAUAGAAUAUGUGAAAUGUAAUAAUUUAAAUUACCUAAGUAGUAUAAGUAGAAUCUGGAUACUUAAAUGGCUUCUUAACCCCCCAAGCCAGGCAGAAUUUGCAUUUAGUGGUCUCAUACAUAUUUUAUGUAUUAACUUAUAAAUAGUUUAGAUUUUCUUCGUUAGAUUUCUUGGUUAAAAUUGAUCAACAGCUUUUGACAGUCAAGAGACAAAAAUUUUUAUAUUAGUGUAAAUACUGUCUUCACAAAUUAAUGUGCUGAUUUUAGAAAUAAACUUUUUUUUUCAUCAUCAGUGAGCUUUACUACUACUGUUUAGCUACACUAAAAUAAUACUUCAAAAAAUAUCAUGACUUAUUACUGGUUGUUCAGGGCUAACUACAUUACUUUCUUAGCCUUAAUAUACAACAUUGCUGUAGAACAUCUUGAGGACAUCAAUUAAAUCAUCUAACUGGGAGUAGAAAUGUCAGCACAGAUAUAAUUUUUGACUUUUUUUUAAUCCAUUUUAAGUACCUUAUGUAUAGCUUUUUUACAGAGAAUUAAAUAUAUUUAAGUAAAUCACUUUAUAAUUUCUAAUAAUUUACAAAAUUAUAAUCAGUUUUCAAUUUAGAGCUCAAAGGACCCAGUCGAAGGGGGAAAAAUGCAUUAAAUUUUGUAGACAGUUUAUUAUUUUAACAAAGUACAUUACGAUGGUGCCUUCAUGUCUACCAGACCCCCAUUUAUAAGUUUAGUUUAAGGAAAGCUUCAUAACUCAGUUAAGGAAACUGGCUUGAGUAGGAAGAUUUUAUUGUUCCCUUAUUCUUCAAAAUGAAUUUAUAUUAACACAUUAUAUAAAUAUAUACUUUAAGGAGAAAUAAAUGGUUUUUUUUUUUGCUAAAUAUCUUUCAUUUUUAUUUCUAAGUAAAAUAAAAUACUAGGAUUUUUGUAAUACACACUUUUAAUCUCUAAGACCUUUUUAAAAUUGCUUCACAUAAUCUUUAUAUUUUCCAUUAAUUCUGCACUGAAUCAAAUUGCAACCUCUAACACUUGAGGAAUUUGAAACUGAUAUAACUUUGAGGUAUAGAAUAAAAAUGAUUUACUAUUCAAACUUUGCGAGAAAUUGUGUUUGAGAAUACCAGUAGACAUUCACUUGUUUAUCAUUAUAUGACUAGAUUAAAAAUUAGCUCUUAUUUCAAAGGGUUAUGAGGAAUUUCUUGGGUUUUUUUCUUUUUUCUUUCUUUAAAAUUAAUGAAGUUGGGAUAGUUUUUACAAACUUGUUCCCAUUUCAAAACCAUUUUACUCUCUGAUAUACCUCAUAUCUCUCUCCUUAGAGAGCUCUUUUCACUUAAAAAAUGCGGAAAAAAAGAUGUAUCUGAUUUCUUAAACUUUAGAUUCCUAUAAUGUUUCUUAGCAAGCAGGUUAGUAUACUGAAAAUAAUUUGUAUUAUAACUAUAUUUUAGAAUCUUCUCCACUACUAAGCACAUUUUUUGUUUUGGAUCAAAAUUAGAGAUUUCGAACCAUUUUUUUCUUAAACCAAGCACUGUUUCCUGCUUACAGUAAAUUCUUCUAUUAGAGCCAUUUCCUGACACUAAUGGUAUCUUAACAAAGAGUUUAUUAUGAAUUCAGUAAAUUUUAUUCAAAUAGCAUUAAGAUCUAUCCUAAUGAGAAUGGGCUAUACACACAAAGGAUUAUAUGGUUAUGCAAUUAUCCACACUGUUAUCAUAUCAUAUCAUAUAUCAUAUCAAAUCAUAUCUUACUUGCCUAACAAAGUAAAUCUGUAAAACGUAUUUCAAUAAAGAAUUCAAAUAGUACAUUUACAUAUCUAGUGUGCAGAUAAAAGCUCUAUCUAGAGUUAAGAGUGUUUACUCUCUGAUUUCUUUCUCUACAUCAUUCAUUUCUCUCUCUUCCCCUAACUUUGGCUGAUUCCUAAGGUUUAACGGUUGGUCUCCUGUUAUUCUCACAACUCACUCUUCUCUAGAGAGCACAUGGACUCGCACUGCUUUGCUAUCAUCAUUAACUGCAUUUUUAGACAAUUCCCUCAUCUCUCCUAAAUUCUAUUUGCAUAUCUCUGAGAACCUUCUUAGAUGUCCUGUUGUCACCAGAUCUCUAUGUAUGGCUUUCAAACUGUAGUUACUAUAUAGCUUUUCUGUCUCUUAUUCUCUCUGCUCUUCACCUGAUGUAUCUAAGUUGAUGCCCAGCUGACUUCAUGGUUCCCACAACUCAAUGAGUAGGGUCGAGACUUUAGCUUUCUAAUUCUGUGUAUGAAAUCUUAUGCCAACAAAUCAUAAUAUUUCACUAUGAUGCAAAAAAUAAGCUAUUGAGGAAUAUAUGCAUUAGACUAGUGAUUCUUAAGAGAUGCAUCACUUUGACUUUGUACACUUUAAAAGUUUUUGUUAUCAUGACUUAUGAUUUUAGGUUCAUGAUUCUUUCCCUGAGACUAAGCUACUAAGAAAAUCAAGACAUCAGAGCAGUUCUGAAAUUUGAUAAAUAUGAAUUAUUUCUUAUAAAGAUAUGGCUGAGGAUGCUGAUACAUAAAAAUGUUAUUUACAUGGAGCUGAGAUUUAUCAUUUUGAAUGAUAAUUAACUUAAUUUAUAAUUAAAUCUAUUAAACAUUUUCUGAGUUAUAAAAGUAUGACACCAUUUUCUUUUACGUGGAAUUUUGAACAGAUAAAGGCUUAUCAUUUUUAUUAAUUCUCCUUAUCAAGAUACGUUUAUUAUUUUAUUGUUUUCAGUUGCAUUGUUCUCAUCUUUUUUUCUUUUUCUUUUUUUUUUUUAAAGAUUUUAUUUAUUUAUUUGACAGAGAGAGAGAGAGUGAGAGCAGGAACACAAGCAGGGGGAGUGGGAGAGCGAGAAGCAGGCUUCCUGCCGAGCAGGGAGCCCGAUGUGGGACUCAAUCCCAGGACCCUGGGAUCAUGACCUGAGCCAAAGGCAGACGCUUAACGACUGAGCCACCCAGGCGCCCUCUCAUCUUUUUGUCUAAAUCAGAUUUAGUCUGCUUCAUAUUUGACCCAAGAAGAGUUUUCAGUGAUUGGAGUUCUUGUGAGAUCUGUAUUUGUCCCAGUGAAAUCAUACAUUAAUGUCAGUCUCUUCCAUAAUCAUCUCCGUGCAGGGCUGUAUAUGGCUUCUGCUAGCUCUGAGUGCCUUGUUGGUCCAGUUUAUAGAAAUGCUGGCUCUUUUCUGCAGAGAGGAGAGGGCUGAUGAUUGAAUUCAAUUCAUACUCUCCAGAAGAGGUGUGACGGCUCUAUCUGUCCUCUGAAUCCAGAUUUAUGAACUAGUCCUAUGCUCUUAACUAGAUUAGUUCCUUUUCCAUUAACUGCUUAAAGUAGGGCAGCUGUCUGAGCUGUUGGUUGUAAAUUUGCUAAUGUCUACUUCGUUAAUCUCAGAUACAAAAGGCAACAGAUAACAGGAACAAAGUUUUAGGACCUUGGGUUUUCACAGCCUGAAAUGAGCAUGGAAUAGUCCCAGGAAUGAGAAAUUGAAGAGAUAGGAGGAACUGUUACAUCGAGGAAAAGGGGAUGACUUCUGUCAUUAAUCUUAAUUAAUUGUCAAGAGUUUUAAAUCUGAGUUAUUAAUACUGAAAUUAAGCCCUUAAUGCACUGUUCAUGCUUUGGCAUCAGAUGCUCUUUUAUGAGAUAAGAGGUUUAGGAGGGAGGGAAGGGUGUGUGUGUGUGUGUGUGUGUGAGAGAGAGAGAGAGAGAGAGAAACCCAGAGAGGGAGAGAGAGAGACUUACAUAAAUAUUUUCAUUUACAUCUUUCAAACAUUUCCCUGGGUUAAUAUUCAGGCCUUCACCUUUUGACAGUUACUGUAGGGCAGUUAGGAAUUACAGAUAAGUAACAAUAAAUCCAAAUAAAAUCCCUAGGUAUAGCAUCAGCAGUAAAUCUGAAUAAUAUUACUUUCAUGGUUACUGGCAUACAAAAUACUUCACUGAAGAGGAAAUGUCAGAUUAUGGGCUAAAAGAGGAGGGAGGAUCAGGAGCAGAAAGAAGAAAAGAAGGGAAGAAAGAGGAAAAAAAUGAAAAACGGGGAAGAAAGAUUAUUCCUGUGAAACACACGCAGGCAAUAGGAGAUUCAAGCAUUUAUUUAAAUAAUAAGCUGCAAAUUAUAUCUUUGUAAGGUUGCGUACUCCACUAUAGUGAGGCAUUAAUCAUUUGGAAUGAAACUGACCCUUCAAAUGACUAAGACAUCUUAAAAUCUCUUUUUUUCCUCCCCCUCUAGCUGUUCCAUUCAUGUUUGUCAGGUUAAUCUCCCUUCACUAUUAAAUCUAUGUUGUUAUUCUGUGAUACUUUUCAAUGUAAAAUCACAGGAAACUAUAUUAAUUAUGAGUAUUUUGGCUAUAGAAAAAUGGCUUGCAGUUCUUCCAGAAGAAAUAUUUAAAAGCACAGAAGGCUCAAAAUUUAAGAAUAUGGUUUUAGGAUUAAAUCUCAUGUUCUCCAUGCAAAAUACAAAACAAAAAGGUGUGCAAUGAAAAUAUACAACGCAGUAGGGCGCCUGGGUGGCUCAGUUGGUUAAGCGACUGCCUUCGGCUCAGGUCAUGAUCCUGGAGUCCCGGGAUCGAGUCCCGCAUCAGGCUCCCUGCUCGGCAGGGAGUCUGCUUCUCCCUCUGACCCUCCCCCCUCUCAGCUCUCUCUCUCUCAUUCUCCCUCUCAAAUAAAUAAAUAAAAUCUUUAAAAAAAAAAAAAAGAAAAUAUACAACGCAGUAAAUUAAUUUAGUUUUUACACGUAUAUCUGACCUCUGACGACUGUGAACUAGCUUUCAGUAGCAAGUUAGAGUUAGUGGCUUAAACAUUAUUGUUUACAAAUUUGAAAUCACAGAUAUGGCUUUGAGACAUAUAUGUUUAUUCUUUGCAACAAUGUUUUCUUCUUUUUAUAUUAGCUUUAAAUGUAAAUAGGAAAACACAUGAAAGUGAAAUAGUAUUUAUCUAUUCACCUAUUUAUUUUUGUACAUAGUAACUAAUUAUUGGAGAGACAAGCAAAAAUCUGUAUAUGUCAAGAGUUUAGAUCUUAAUUUAUAGUUAGUGGACAGCCACUAAAGGAUUGGAGCUGGACAGCAACACGAUCAAAGAAAAUUAGAAUUAAGCUCUUGAAAGGUUCUCAAGGAAAUUUGUGACAGGAGUGGAGAUAAUUUGUGUUUUCCUGUAUAACUUAGCCCCAUUAUCAAUGUUUCUGUGUUUGUAUAUCGUCUUUUCAUUAUGAGUCACAAAAGAGAAUCGUAUAGGGGCGCCUGGGUGGCUCAGUUGGUUAAGCGACUGCCUUCGGCUCAGGUCAUGAUCCUGGAGUCCCGGGAUCGAGUCCCACAUCGGGCUCCCUGCUCAGCAGGGCGUCUGCUUCUCCCUCUGACCCUCCCCCCUCUCAUGCUCUCUCUCUCUCUCUCAAAUAAAUAAAUAAAAUCUUUAAAAAAAAAGAAUCGUAUAAAAAUUUUGAUGUAGCAAGUGUGGUGGAUUGUCAAGAGGUCAAGUGGUUUUUUGGAUAAGGUAACACUUUUUCCAAUGGGAAUCCUUUUUUUUUUUUUUUCUUUUUUGCUAGAGGGUGGAUAUCAACUUAGGUUUAUUAGCUACAAAAAAAGAGAUUCAUGGCUUCAGAUAUUUUUCUUGAUUUUUCAGGGGUCUUCUUCCUUGCUUCUUAGGGAUAUAUGAUAGAUAACUGAAGCUCAGGCUAGCGAUACCAGUGUAUGUGAACGCAUGUGUGUGUUCAUGUGUAUAUGUGUAUGUGGGGGGGUGUCUAUGCGUCUAAUGGGGGUAGCAGUGCCUUGUACUUGUUGAGGGCACUCCUAACUUCGGGAAAGAAGAAAUAUUUCAUAGGAAAGAUUUAGAACUCAAAUUCAGCUAACGGUCAUUGGCUACUUACUGUGUCUUAGGCAUGUUCUGUUAUGUAUAUCCAGUUCUUUGUAGUGCUGAGAGUUAGUCCCAUAGUACAGAUGAAGAAUAUGAGACACAGAGAUAUUUAGUGAAUUUCCCAAGGUUAUGCUGCUGGAAAGUAAUAGAACUUAGAUUCAAACCCAAGUUUUCUGAUUUCUGGCUCAGUGAGCACUCCCAUUUUGCCAUGCUGUCAUUUUUAGCGCAACACUUUAUUUUUCUCCCUUUUCAGAGAAUAACUGACUGAAUUAAGACAAUUAUACAGGUAGGAAAGUACUUUUAAAAUUUCAGUUUUGAAUCUGAUUCUUUUGAUACAGAAAUUAUUAAUUUUGUAUCAAUGUUUGUAUCAAUAAAUUGUUUUGGACUAUAUACAGAAUGCAUGCACAUUAGUCUCUUUCUAUAUGUAAUGUACAUUUAAUUUUGCAUGCAUCUAAAUAGAAGAUAACAUUUAGAAGUGACAAUGAAUUGCAUAGAAGGUUAAUAAGCUGCGUCUAUAAAUAAAAGAUACUAUUUAGAAUUGGCAAUAGAUUUCAUAGAAAGUUAAUAAGGAUCUUUUGCAUCACAAAGGACCUUAGAAGUUGUGUAAUUCAUCCCCUUCCCCUCCAGUUCAGUUCUGUGCUCCAGAAGGAAGAGCAUGUUCAAAGGCACAAGAGGUCUGGAAUAUCUGUGUAUUCCAGGAAUAGCAGAGUCCUAGCUAGGUUGGGGCAAGAACCUGGAAAUUAGGGAAGUAAGUUAUGACAAGAAAGCAGGAUUACAGAAGUCCUAAAGCCUUUGGUGACAUAUUGGUAAAAUCACUACACUGGGAGUCCAAAAAAUUGGAUCUCUAUACUGUCAUUGAUUAGCUUGAAACCCAGCACAAAUUGCCUCUUCUUUCUGGUCCUCAGUUUUCUCAUGUGUAUAUAGAGAAAUAAAUGAUCACAAAGAUACCUUUGAAUUCUAGCAAUCUUGUCUUUUUUUUCUAAUUUCAACCAAGCCAACUAUGUGAAGGCAGGACUUUUCCUGUAAUGUUCACAGGGCUAUCCCCAGGACAUUAUGCAUUGCCUCUCAGAUAGGAGGCUUUAAUAAACUCUGAUGACUGAAAGAAUUUAUGUAAGUAGAAAGUUUGGUCUGUUGUUUACAAACCUGUUUAAACUAAUUUGUACUUUUUUAGUAAUUAGACACUUUGUAAGCCCAUCAAUAAUUUUAGUAAUAUAUAUAUAAACAACUUGAAACUAAUAUAACACUGUAUGUUAACUUCACUGGAAUUAAAAUAAAAAUAAUAAUACAUAUAAACAUUUUACAAGUUACUUUAAAAGUUAAAAAAUUGCAUAUAUUCCUCACAGUAUUCUGAAACAUGUUUGAAAAACGGUAACAGUACUAUGAUUCUAGAUCCAUUUGCUGCUAUUAUGCUUUAAAUAAAUUAAAAAUAACUGCAUAUGGAAGAAAGUAGAAAGAAUACAGAUUUAAGAGAGCAGUAUAUUUAAAUUUUCUGCCAAUUUUCUGUCUUUUUAAGACUAGUCUAUUUCUUACUGCAUUUCUUCUUUCAGAAAAAGAGAAGAUAUUAAUGUGUGAUAUUGGAUUUUGUCAUUUUGAUAUGUUGCAAUUUGCUGCCUUGUGUCACAACUGCAAAGUAAUUUAAACACAAUUUUUUUUUAUUUAAUGCUAUUAUAAGCAGUGAAGUACUAAUGUGUUUCUGUCAUUAAAUAUAUAUAACUACGUGGAACCCUUCUCCCAUUGGGUCACUCUGAAAUUGAUUUUCCAACUUGAGUUAUCAGUAGUGGACAGAUGUUAAAUGAAAAUCAAUCUUUUUGAUUUAAGUUAACCAAAUACACUACUUUUAUUAAGUGGUCUUUUCCACUAACUAGGUGACAACACUUUUGGUGAUCUCUAGCCUUUAAAUGCUUUUAACAUAAAUCUCUAAGGACAAUGGUUUGAUCAUAAUUUUAUUCUUAUAGUAGAAUUAUCUUAACUCUUUUUUUUUUUUAAGAUUUUAUUUAUUUACUUGACAGAGAGACAGAGAGAGAGCACAGGCAGGCAGAGCGCAGGCAGAGGGAGAGGGAGAAGCAGGCUCCCCUCUGGGAGACCCCCAGGAUCAUGACCUGAGCCGAAGGCAGACACUUAACCAACUGAGCCACCCCAGGCGCCCCAGAAUUACCUUAACUCUUGUCAGUUAGAUAAAAUUAUAUUUUAGUAUUAUUUAUAAAUCAAAAAAUCCUGGGUUAAUAUUAUUUUAAUAUCAAAUUCUUAGAUAUUUAAUAUUUCAAAUGUAUAUGAGAAAUAUUUCCUUAAGAAUACAAUGUGGAUAGAAACAGCAAUUAUACAGGGAAUAAUAAAAAUCAAGCAAGACAUGGAAACACAGCAGCCUUUAGCUUCUUUUCCUUUUUUUUUUUCCUGCUGUAUCGUAUGGUAGUUCUAUUCUUAAUUUUUUGAGGAACCUCCGUACUGUUUUCCAUUGGCUGUACCUAUUUAUUUACUUAUUAUUUUUUAAUUGUUUAUUUUUAAUUUACUUAAUUUACUUAUUUUUUUAAUUGAAGUACAGUUGGGACACAAUGUUACAUUAGUUUCAGGUGUACAGUAUAGUGAUUCAACAAUGAGUCUAUAUGCCAUGCUCUGCUCACCACAAGUGUGACUACCAUCUGUCACCAUAUAAUGCUAUUACAAUACCAUUGACUAUGUUCCCUAUGUUGUGCCUUCUAUCCCUAUGACUUUAAAACAGGCAAAGAUAAAAAAUCAGGAAAGACCCCAAUGUGACAUAUACUUUAGGUAAUUAUAGUGAUGUUGGGACAGUGUCAGGAUCCAAAACUUUCAUGGCCAGCAUAGAAAGUCAACACUUGAAGAAUAGACUUACCUAAAAAAAUUGUUUAAGAAUAUAAUUCUAUGGAAGACAGCACACAUCACCAUCAUUAUUAAUAUCAUCAUUAAUAACAAAACCCAGCAUAAUCUCUAGAGAGGCACUUAUGUACCAGAUACUAUACUAGUGACCUUACAUAUGCUGCACUAAUUUUUAAAACAAUUCACUGCAAAGUACAUUUAUCCCCAUUUUAUAGAGAAGGACACUGAAGCUCAGAAAGGUCAGGUAAUUUGCCAGAGUCACAUAGGUAGGUGGUGAGUGAAUGGUAUUAACUUUCUUUGAACUUUAAAUAUGUUAUUGGAAAAUUUAGUUUGCUAAUUAAAUUCUACUUUAAUUUAUGUUUCCAAUUUAGUUGGCCAGUUAUACAGAAAAUGCACCACAGUUUAAAAUUCAGUGUUUUAGUUGUAACUUAUAGGCUCAUACAUUGAAUUGAGAAAAUUAUACCAAUGAAAUUAAAUUGAAGAGGCCAACAUAGAAAUGGAACAGACUAGUAAACUAUUUAAGGAACCUAAGAAUCACUAGUGACUAUUUAAACAUAAAAUAUCCAAAACAUAAAUAUUAAACAUUUUAAUCAAUCACACGGUUGGAAAUAUUGGGGUCAGAAUAUCAUUUGUGGAUUGAUUUUUGAGCAUCUACAGUUACUAUGCAGGGACCAAGCCUUAGGAACAAUUAUAAAACAUA